UUUAACCAGUAGGGGCAGUAAGCUAAUUCCCUAGCACUUUGUCCUUAGGCAAGGCGCGUUUGACCUUGUUGAGUUGCCGUAGUCGGCAUGGUUUGCUCGGUGAAUGACUUUAUCGAGCAGUAUCUGACUGACGAGACGGGUUUGAGAAGUGGCGUGUGUUUCUAACCCCUGCAAUGUCAAUGUAUUCAAUACUUAGGGUUGUCAGGGCUGACCUCAAGGUCCUGCUGAGACAACCAGCCCAGUCCCUCCACUCCAGCUCCCAGCGCCUGGCUGCUGACAAGACCCUCCUGGUGAAACUGCGCAAGAGCACGGGCUACUCCUUCAUCAACUGCAAGACAGCGCUGGACAAAUUCAGCAACAACGUCAAGGAGGCGGAAAGCUGGCUGCAUGAACAAGCACAGAAGGAGGGCUGGAGCAAGGCGUCCAAACUGCAGGGCAGGAAGACCAGAGAGGGGCUGAUCGGGCUGCUGCUGCUGGGGGAGCAGACUGCCGUCAUGGUGGAGGUGAACUGUGAGACGGACUUCGUGGCCAGGAAUGUGAAGUUCCAGCAGCUGGUGAAGGAGGCAGCCCUGGCCACGCUGGCACACCACCAGAACAAGCAGGCCAGCCCAGCCAGCUACACCAAGAGCAUCCUGGGUGCAGAGCAGCUGUCUCAGCUGAGGUCGGUGUCCGAUGGCUCUCCGCUGUCUGACCAGGUGGCCCUGGCUAUUGGUAAGCUGGGGGAGAACAUGGCGCUGAAGAGGGCAGUGCUGGUGGCGGUGUCGCCCGACUGCCACAUCGGCUCCUACGUCCACGGCGCCCUGCCCGCUGAUGACCCCUCCCUGGCGGGCACCUCCUUUGGGAAGUACGCCGCUCUGGUGGUGUGCCACGGCGAGGCGGGGACGCUGCCGGAGAUCGGGCGCCGACUCGGGCAGCACGUGGUGGGUGAGGCCCCCAGCUCCCUGGGGUCCCUGGAGGACCAGCCCUGCGGAGACUUGGAGACCAGGCUGCUGGCGCAGUCGUUCCUGCCCGACCCCAGCCGGACAGUGGGUCAGUACGUCCAGGAGAGGGGGGUCAGAGUGCUGGACUUCGUCCGCUUCGAGUGCGGGGAGAGUGUGGAGCCGGAGCAGCAGACCUAGAGGAGCCCGGCCUGCCCAGCGUUGACCAGGUCAGGCUGUACUAACGGCUCCUUCCCCAUCCGAGAUACAUCACCCGCUGCAAGCUGACGACGCCUUACUGAAGAUAGUGAUACCAAACCUUAAGAUCUAAUGAUCCACACUGUAAUGCCCAUUUCUGUGUCACAUGUGAUCCAAUACUUAGCCAGCCCUCUAUUAUUAUUUUUUAAAUCCAGCCUCCCAAACCAGAAUUUUUCAUAUGCAGUACAGGUGAGCUUCCUAAUAAAAGCUGAAUCUCAAAACAGUAAUUGUGUGAAUAUAAUAAUUGUUACAGCUGUGUAUAAUGGUAUUUAAAACAGGAUUCGUUCAUCCGACUUUUCAUAUCCGCCCUCACUCUGGUCGCACUGCAGUCGGAAAGGAGCAGAUUACUGUAUUAAGAUUUGCCACGAUUUAGAUCAUUAGGACUACAUUCCUGUACUUGUGAAUAUUACGUUAUAGAUAUGUGGUAACGGUACAUCUACUUACUACAAUGUGUAAUAAUGUGUAAGGUUUUCAGAAAGUGUAUGAUGUGAUUUAUAUAUGUUUCUGUGUUGUCUAUAAAACAAAAAAUCCA